AUGGAGAUUGUUUCCCAGAAUUAUCGAAGGUGCAAGCAAAUGGGGUACCAAAAGCCUAAGAAUGAUCCAUACUCCAACACAUAUAAUGUUGGGUGGAGAAACUACCCUAACUUUUCAUGGGGUGGCAAUCAAGGAGGCACACAAGGAGUAGGUUUUAGUGGCGGUAAUUAUGGAGGGGCUAGUGGAAGCCAAGGGUUUCAAGGCAAUAAGGGUGUACUUGGUGGUGGUGCUUAUCCUAGGCCAGCUUAUCAAGCAAGGUCUCCAUUCCAAGCUUCUAUUCCUCCAUCUCAAGGGGAAGCACCGAAGUCUAGCCUAAAGGAGAUGCUUGCCAAAGUGCUAGCAAAUCAAAAUGAGAUCAUUCAAAGUGUUCGAAAUGAGGUGGCAUCCACUACCCAAGGUUUGCAUAAGCUUGAAGCACAAGUUGGGCAAUUGGCUAGUGAGAUGAGAGAAAGGAAGCAAGGAGAUUUGCCUUCCAUGACCAAGAAGAAUCCACGAGUCAACCAAGCCAAGGCAAUCACAACUUUGAGAAGUGGGAAGGCAUAUGACAACAAGGUUAUUCUUAAUGAUGAUGAUGUAGAGAUGGAUGCACUAAGGGAACCUUUGUUGACCCCCAAAGUGCCAAGAGUACCUCACGGGUUUGAAGAGAAGUCUAAGGGCAUGAAGGAGAAUAUGAGACAUGAUGGAGUGAUCAAAGACAAGACCAAGACCAUGAAUAAUGGUGUCGGAGUAAGUAGGUCUAAUCCAAGUGUUGAGGACAUGCAAGAAGAAGUGUCACUUCCUUUUCCACAAGCGGUGUAUCAAGAGAAAGCCUUGAGCAAAAAGGAGAAGAAGUCCAUGGAGUGUUUUGAUGUUUUCAAGAAGGUGGAGGUCAAUAUUCCUCUUCUUAAUGCAAUCAAGACUAUUCCUACUUAUCCCAAGUUUCUCAAAGAUUUAUGCACACAUAAGAGAUACAGUAGCAAGUUGAUGAAGGAUGACAAAGUAUGCUUGAACGAGAGAAUUAGUGUCGUACUUCAAAGGAGGUUACCUCCCAAGCUCAAGGAUCCGAGAUCCUUUACUAUUCCUUGCAAGAUUGGUGAGAAGCCAUUUGAAAAGGCACUUAUGGAUUUGGGGGCAAGUAUAAAUUUGAUGCCUUAUGGAGUUUACAAGGAGCUUGGGUUAAGCAACAUCAAACCUAUCCAAAGUUCUCUCCAACUAGCCGAUAGAAGUGUGGUGUAUCCGAGAGGAGUCGUGGAGGAUGUGCUAGUGCAUUUGGACGAAUUGGUCAUACCGGCCGAUUUUGUUAUUCUUGACAUGAAGGAAGUCUAUCAAGAUGAUCUCCCUAUCAUCUUUGGUAGAGCUUUUAUGGCCACGGCGGGGACAAAAAUUGAUGUCAAAUUGGGCUUACUCACUAUGACCGUGUAUGACACCACUAUUGGGUUCAAGAUCUUUGUUGAAUUGAGGAAGCCCAUGAGGUUGCAAAAAGUCUAUUCUAUUGAAGUAGGGGAUAACAUUGAAGACUUGGUGGAACACACCUUUCGUGAGACUUCAUCGAGUGAUGCCUUAGAAGCGGCAUUAGCACACUUCGGUAUGGAUUUUUGUGAAGAAGGUACUAUGGAAGCCAUUGAGCACCUUGAUUCUUAUCUUUCUAUGGGUAGACCGACACUUGAGAAUGGUUAUUACACAAGGCAUGAGGCUAAUGAGGUUCAUACCUCUAAGACUCAUCUUUCCAUUGAUUCCUCUCCUCCGGUUGUAAGUUCAACUUCUAUUAAGUUGAAGCUCCUUCCCUCACACUUGAAUUAUGUAUAUAUUGAUGAUGCAUCCACCAAAGUUACAUGGGCCUGGCUAGGGUGUUAA